CCGUUUAUAAAUGGCCUCCGCAUUCCCUGCCUGUGCGUGCUCCCUGUGAGCGCGCGGCACUGCGAUCCAGUGCCCGCUGUGUCCCUGGACACAGCAGAAACACAGAUCGCUGUACAGGACCUCUGUGCGAGGUCCCGAUCAUGUGAUCACUGAUUGGUCAAUCAGUGAUCACAUGAAUAGAGUGUAAGCAAGAUGUCACUUCUGACAUCAUUGCUUACUACGUGUGAAAUCUGUGAAUGAUCACAGAGGUCACAUGGUACAAGGC